AUGGCAGGACGCGAGCGGAUCGAAGUCCCUGGUGCUGCCACGUCAGCCUCCAUGAAUCGACCUGGGCGAUCAUGCGUGGUAGUGAGGGAUCUGAUCGGGUCGCACGUGACAUUGGAGGCGACGUGCGACAUGCGAGUGGGCGAUGCGAAGCGAGUCGCUGCUGGAGCAAUGAACAAGGACGCGUCCCUUAAACAUGUCAUCUUCCAUAAACGCAAGGAGCAGCGCCAGAUGGGUCCUGUGCUGUCGUCGCAGCACGGGGGAACGCCGCGCUGUGCCGCUGCUGCCACGUCAUUGACUGGUCCACGUGGCACCGGCACAGCCGUUGGGUCUCCUCGCCUUCCGAAUUCUAUCCCGUUUUCGCCAUCUGCUCAUCCCCCACCUCCUUGCAUUAUUCCAUCUAAUCAGCGAUUGUCUCCAAAUGGCAGAGCUCAGAGUAACGCUGUUGCUGCAAACAAGGGAUGUGCAGUAGAUGUGGUGGAGCAGCGGGUCAGUAGCAACCCUCCUGAACCGACUGCACCAAGGAAGGAUGGCGGGGUGCGGCGGACUGAGUCUACUGAGAUUGAUAAUGGCAGUCAGACGAUGAAGGAUUAUCUUCUGUCGGGUGCAGCCUGCAGCAGAGAAGGUCUGGCAUCCGCUCGUUCGGCGUCGGCCCCACCAUCUCCUCCACCGGAGGGAGUACCAGUGCUGGGACGGCCAUCAGCAUCGCCACCAGCGCCAGCAGCACCGCCACCAUUGCCAGAAUUGCCACGACUGCCGCCAUCGCCAGCAGCAUUACCAACCCCUGCAGCACCAAUCUGGCCCGCCUCCCCUCCUCGCUACCUGCCCUUCCAUGCUGCUCGUACACGUCAGCUCGGUUCACCUAGCACUGACGUGGCCAAGGGCACGGUGGCAAGGGAUUGUGGGGAGCAUGCUAGCAGUGGGAGACAACAAGGCAUAGGGACAGUGGGGCAUACAGCAACCCGUGCAGGCAUUGGGAAUGGCGUUACUGACGUAAGGGAUGGUACUAUUAACACAAAGAAUGGACGUAUGGACAAAGGGAAUGGUGGUACUGACCUCAUGGAUGGGUCAAGCAUGGGGGUUGAUAAUGACAUGGAGAAGGGCGGUAUGGGGAGUAAGGUGGAGAGGCGAGUGGGGCGGAAGAGAAAGGCAGAGAGGGAGGAAGAGCAGGCAGCAGGCAGGGCGGGGUUGCCUCACAGCGUUUCCGUAUUGGACAGCAAGUUUGGGCUGCUCGCUGCAGUCGUUCCCAUGCUGGACUGCAAGUUUGGACUGCUGGCUGCAGUGUAUGGUUUCUUGGAGCAGUGGGCAGUCAAGGCCACGUGGAAGCGGCUGGAGGUCGCAUUGAAGGACCUUGGGAGCAGCGCCGAGGGCGAAGCCGUUGCUCUGCAAGACAUCAGGGACAUGGCAGCACUGGCCCCUUCGGUGAUUUGGACGUGGGAAGAGGAAGACGAGGAGGAGGACGAGGAAGGGAAAGUGGGGGGAAAGGUUGAGCCAGUGGAGGCAGGAAGAGGGAGUGAUGGGGAGGAAGUGAGUGAGGGGAGUGAAGGGUGUUCAAGUCAUGCGCGGGAGAAGGGAGCUGGCAGCUGCAGAGAUGAAAGGGACCGAGGAGGAAGGGGAAGACAGGGUGGAAAACGGGAGGAGGGCGGAGUUGACGAGGGGCGAGAAGAUCAGGGAAGGAGAUGGGGGAAAGCACCUGUAACGGGAGGGGAGAAGGGGAGAGGAGAUGGAGGUGCGCUGGUUGUGGUGGUGGGCAUGUGGGACCCGUCUCGACCGCCAGAGCAGCAGAUCAAGCGGGGAGGCAUGCUGCUGCAAGUCCCCAUCGUCCCCCAUUUUCCUCCAGGCACACAGCAGCGAACGCCGCGUCGCAGUGGUGUGAGGCUCGCAGACAAGAGGAGAGCCGCCUUCCACUCGGCACUCACUGCAGCCCUCCACCGCAUUCACGCUGACUUCCUCGCCCACGUUCUCCCUCCUGCGCCUCUGUCACUUUCCCAUCCCGCAAUUUUCCCUCCAGGCACACAGCAACGCACGCCGCGUCGCAGUGCUGUCAGGCUGGCAGACAAGAGGAGAGCCGCCUUCCACUCGGCACUCACUGCAGCCCUCCACCGCAUUCACGCUGACUUCCUCGCUCACGUUCUCCCUCCUGCACCUCAGUCGCAGCCCGCAUCGCAAACCCACCCAUCUGUGCCACAGUCGCGCCGUUCGGCCUCUCCUGUGGCUGCGGCUUCUGGCCAGGGCUUGCGAGGAGAGGAGAGCCAACACGGGGCAGCUGGUGCAGGGAAGGUGGGGAGCGAGGCGGUGCCGGGGGAGGGCGAGGACAAGGAUGAGGAUGGGGACGAGGAUGCGGGCAGUACAGUGCAGAGAGAGAGAAGGAUGAAGGGAAAGAGGCGCCUUAAAACAGCGGGAGAUGUUGUGGAAGAGAGAGGUGGAGGGAAGGGGGAAGAAGCGAAGAAGCAGGGGCGUACUGGUGUGAAGCAAAGUGCGGACAGCAUGGAAUGGCAUGCUGACUUUCCGCUCGAAGACAUCUCAGUGUCGAUGCUGCUUGCUGAAGCGGCCUCGUUCCAUUCCUCUCAGUAUACUGAUAAUCAUACACAUGCUGAGCUGGGGGGUGGUGGAAAGGGAGGGAAGGCGAAACAGCAGAGGAAGUCAUGUAUUGGGAGGCAGAGCAAGCAGCGGAGGAAAGGAGGGGCGGCUGGAGAUGAGUCUGAUAAGACUGGAGAGGUGGAGGAAGGUGCAGUGGAGGAUGGGGACGGGGCAGAGAAGGAUGGGAAGAAGGGAGGCUGUGAUGGUGGUGCUGGUUGUGGUGACGAUGAGUGGUGGGAAGAGGCAGGCAUUGGGUCGCAGCGAUACACACCUCCUUGUCCUCCCAGGCAACUCAAGAAAGUGCCUCCUUGCAAUAGCACGGAGACUAUGAGUGCACCGCAGCUGCUGGAGCAUCUCAAGCAGGGAUUGGGAUCACUAGGGCAGGUGGUGCACUGCGAGGAGCUGCCACAGAGGAAACCGCGCUAUGGCAAGCUGGCCAGCCAGUUAUGCCCUGCCACGUGGCACGCCUUGGCUCGUGCGGGCGUCUCCCAGCUCUAUUCCCAUCAGGUGAAGGCUAUUGGCGCGGCACUGGCCGGGCGGCAUGCAACCAUUGCGACGGCAACAGCGAGUGGCAAGUCGCUGUGCUACAAUGUGCCGGUCCUCCACACGCUGCUCUCCCACCCCCACGCCACCGCCCUCUACCUCUUUCCCACUAAGCCCCUGGACCAUGCCUCUUCUCUAAGGGGCGCCUCUCCUCUAAGGGGCGCCUCUCCUCUAAGGGGCUCCUCUCCUUUAAGGGCCAUCCAGCCCUCCUCUCCCACCUCGCUUUCCCCACUCCCCUCGCUUCCUCCUCCUAAGGGCCAUCCAGCCCUUCUCUCCCUCCUCGCUUCCCUCCACUCCCCUCGCUUCCUCCUCCUAAAGGCCACCCAGCCCUCCUCUCCCACCUCUCUUCCCUCCACUCCCCUCGAUUCCUCCACCCAAGGGCCAUCCAGCCCUCCUCUCCCACCUCGCUUCCUCCGCUCCCCACGCUUCCUCCUCCUAAGGGCCAUCCAGCCUCCUCUCCCACCUCGCUUCCUCCACUCCCCUCGCUUCCUCCGCCCAAGGGCCAUCCAGCCCUCCUCUCCCACCUCGCUUCCUCCACUCCCCACGCUUCCUCCUCCUAAGGGCCAUCCAGCCCUCCUCUCCCACCUCGCUUCCUCCACUCCCCACGCUUCCUCCUCCUAA